AUGGCUAAACGCACCUUUUCUUCCUUGGAGAUAUUCCUGAUUUUCCUCCUUGUGAUGAUGACGGCUAUCACAGUGGCCCUUCUCAGCCUCUUGUUUAUCACCAGUGGGACCAUCGAAAACCACAAAGAUUCAGGAAUUCAUGGUUUCUUAACGACCCUGGAUCCCAUAGAUACUCAAACAUCUCCUAGUAUUAGUACCUCGGAGCCUCCUGUAUUUCAGAACUUCAGUGGCUACCAUAUAGGUGUUGGGCGAGCUGACUGCACAGGACAAGUAUCAGAUGUUAUUUUGAUGGGCUAUAGCAAAAGUGGCCAGUUUGCACGGGGGCUCCUCACAAGGCUGUAUAGUCGGGCUUUCAUCGUGGCAGAACCCGAUGGAUCAAAUCGAAUUGUGUUUGUCAGUGUUGAAUUAGGCAUGAUAUCACAGCGACUCAGUCUAGAGGUCCUGAAAAGAUUGAAGAGUAAAUAUGGGUCCCUGUACAGAAGAGAUAACGUUAUCCUGAGUGCUACUCACACACACUCGGGUCCAAGUGGCUUUUUCCAGUACACCCUGUUUCUCAUAGCCAGUGAAGGAUUUAGCAAUCGAACCUUUGAGUACAUUGUUACUGGUAUCGUGAAGAGCAUUGAGAUAGCACACACAAAUAUGAAACCUGGAAAAAUUUUUAUUAAUAAAGGCAAUGUUGCUGGUGUGCACAUCAACCGAAGCCCUACUUCUUACCUUCUGAAUCCACAGUCUGAGCGAAUAAGGUAUUCUUCAAACACAGACAAGGAAAUGAUACUCUUGAAAAUGGUAGAUCUAAAUGGACACGAUUUGGGCCUUAUCAGCUGGUUUCCCAUCCAUCCAGUCAGCAUGAACAACACUAACCACCUAGUAAACAGUGACAACAUGGGCUACGCAGCUUACCUUUAUGAGCAAGAGAAGAACACAGGAUAUCUACCUGGACAAGGACCAUUUGUUGCAGCCUUUGCUUCAUCAAACUUAGGAGAUGUGUCUUCCAACAUUGCUGGGCCCCACUGUAUCAACACAGGAGAGCCUUGUGAAAAUGCCCACAACACUUGUCCUAUUGGCGGGCCCAGCAAGUGCAUGGCUCAGGGACCUGGAAAAGACAUGCUUGAAAGUACACAGAUAAUAGGGCGGGCCAUUUACCAGAGAGCAAAGGAACUCUACACCGCUGCCUUCAAAGAGGUGACGGGACCGGUGGCUGCUGCUCACCAGUGGGUGAACAUGACAGAUGUGAGCAUCCAGCUCAAUUCCACACACACAGUGAAGACAUGUAAACCAGCCUUGGGCUACAGUUUUGCAGCUGGCACCAUGGAUGGAGUCUCAGGCCUCAAUAUUACACAGGGAACAUUGCAAAGCGAUCCAUUUUGGGAACUGCUUCGGGACGAGGUCUUGGGCAUACCAUCUGUUGAAUUAAGAGAAUGUCAUAAGCCAAAGCCAAUCCUUAUUCACACUGGAGAGCUAUCCAUCCCUCAUCCCUGGCAUCCAGAUAUUGUUGAUGUUCAGAUAAUUACUAUUGGGUUCUUGGCCAUAGCUGCUGUUCCUGGGGAAUUUACAACUAUGUCUGGACGAAGACUUCGAGAGGCAGUUAAAGCAGAAUUUGCAUCUCAUAGGAUGAAGGACAUGACUGUUGUGAUUUCAGGCCUGUGUAAUGGGUAUACACAUUAUAUUGCCACUUAUGAAGAAUACCAGGCUCAGCGGUAUGAGGCAGCAUCUACAAUUUUUGGGCCUCACACUUUGUCUGCCUAUCUCCAGCUCUAUAAAGCCCUGGCUAAGGCUAUUGCUACGGACACAGUAGCCAACAUGAGCAGUGGCCCAGAGCCUCCAUUUUUCAAAGAACUAAUAAGUCAAUUAAUUCCUAAUACAGUGGAUAGAAAACCAAUAGGCAAAAAGUUUGGAGAUGUCCUGCAGCCAGCAAAACUUGCAUACAGAGUGGGAGAAGUUGUUGAAGUUGUAUUUGUAGGUGCCAACCCAAAGAAUUCAGCAGAGAACAGGACCCACGAGACCUUUCUCACUGUAGAGAAAUAUGAAGACAGUACUUCAGCCUGGCACAUACUGUAUAAUGAUGCCUCCUGGGAGACACGGUUUUACUGGCACAAGGGAAUACUGGGUCGGAGUAAUGCAACAAUAGAAUGGCAUAUUCCAGACACUGCCCAACCUGGAAUCUAUAGGAUAAGAUAUUUUGGACACAACCGAAAGCAGGAAAUUCUGAAGCCUGCAGUCCUACUUGCAUUUGAAGGCACCUCUCCUUCUUUUGAAGUUACAACAACUUAA